CACGGACCCGGCCAGUCGUCCGCAAAACCCCGUGCCGUCGUCGUCCCUGGUGGACCCCACCUCACCCAUCCCAUCCCACCCACCCCCCCUCUACUUCUCGGCCAUAUCUCUCUCCUCCGGCCGCGCGAAGGACGUUCCUCGCACGGAUGUGACACUUGGACCGCCGCUCCCGAGCCAGCGGUCAGUCGCAACCCAGCGGUCAUCCUGACAAGAGCUCGGCCCAUCGGCACCCCCACAACCCCGACUUGGCAGCGGGGGGUAGGAAUCGGCGUCAAGUGUUUGUGCCCUGGUGCUCUCCGAGACGCGCUUCGAGGUUCUCGUCGUCGUCGUCGUCGGUGGCGGCGGACUUGUGGAGUGACUUGGUGAAAAAAAUUAUUAGCAGAAACGUCCUGUGACUUGAUCACUUGUCACGGGAAGGUGUGCUUCUCUGCAAGGUCGUCGCGCCGCGCUGUGACCCCUAACCCCCCGGGACAAACCGUCGCCCUUGGAAGCUGAACGCCUCCGAAAACGGACGUGGAGUUGACAAGGUGACGAAGCGACCCCCCAGGCCAGGCCAUGGGGCUACGGCACCUCAUAGCUGGGCCCACGCUGCUGGUCAGCGUGGCUCUCCUAUCUGCCUUUUGUUUAUCCACAGUCCUAUCAGCACCACUCUCAUCAGAAGUCCGGUCUCCACGUGAUAGGGGUUGCUACUUCAUGUUAAAGCACUACGAGAACGGCGAGCAGAUCGAGACGAACGAGGCGUGCCUGAACUGCACGUGCGUGAGCAGCAUGCUCAUGUGCUACCUGCGCGUGUGUCCCUACGUCAAGCAGCUGGGCGACGACUGCACGGUGACGAAGCGGCCCGGCGAGUGCUGCCCGGACAUCGCUUGCCCGGCCGGUACGUCCGAGCGGCCAGACACUUUGGGGGCGCAUGUGCCGGUACCUACCGCCCUCUACGAGCCGGAAACAGAAGCUCCAUUCGCCGACGAAGGAGCAGGAUGCUACAUCGACGGCAAGCACUACUCGGAGGGAGCGCGGAUGCCCAGGGACCCCAAGAAGCCGUGCGAGGUGUGUUACUGCAUCCGCAACAGCAGCGCCUGCGUACUGCAGGACUGCGAACUUCACGUGGACGGCUGCUCGCCCGUGUUCUCCAGGCCCAGCUGCUGCCCCACAAGAUACAACUGCACUGUGGAAGCGGCCACUACAGUUCCUCCUGGUCUGCUGUCAACUGAGGCUCCUCCCAUCGGCUGCAUGCACAAGGGCAAGUUCUACGAAGACGGAGCACAGGUGCCCUCUGACGAGCCGUGUCAGCACUGCUACUGCAUGCGUCACGAAGUGGUCUGCGCGGUAAACGAAUGCAAAGCACCGUCGGAUGGAUGCGUGGCCAUGCCUACGGAACCAGGACACUGCUGCCCCUUGCGAUACGAAUGCCCGUCCGACAUGACAACGACGCCAGGACCGGGGGCGACAAGUCCGGCAGCGACAACACCAUCGACGUUCGAAACUGUGGAAGGGAAGAAGGGUGUUACGGAAGCGGGUGUGACCCCGGCCGCGACUACCACGGUUGCGCCAUCCGCGACCACAACGACUGCCACCGGCGCCCCAACAGGCACCACUGGCGAAGCAACAACAGCUGUGCCAGAACUCGCCAGUGCAACUGCGCCGACAUUCGCCGCGAAAGAGACGACCGAACCUGCAGUAUCCGAGACGCCUACGGGAGCGCCGAGCACUACAGCAGAGGCAACGACGAAGCCGUCCGUGAGUGAGGAGACGAUGCCUGAAAGCACUGCCAAAUCAGAAGCAACCACGGAGUCCGUGACUGCGAGCACCGAACUGCCAUCGACAGAAAAGCCGACCACUGCCGAAGGACCACGCGAGGACGAGGGACCGGAGACUACCGAGUCGCAGCCAGCCAGCUCUCUUACUCCCGCGGUGAGCACAGAGGCGGCGACUACGGCAGCAACCACUGAAGCUGCCAAGGAAGAAGCCACUACACAACCUGUGGCUACGUCUACAACUGCUCCCGAAGCAUCAACGACUGCCGCGGCUACGACCGUGACGCAGGAAGCCGAAGCCACGACCCCACCGUCGGUGUCCCCCACACCAGCGGAAACCGAAAGUCCGACACCGUACGAAGCCAAAGAAACUACGCCAAAAAUAGAAGAAACGUCAGCGACAGCCGGAGUCACAGCAGCGUCCACUACGGGAGCGACGGAGGAGGCUUCAUCAGAAACUCCAGAAGUCAGCACAGUGCCAAAAACUACCGAGUCUGCAGAAGCUUCAACAACGCCCGCCUCUCCGAGCACCGGUGUCACAGAAGAAGCAACGACGUCGCACACCGAGGGACCCAUGACAACAGGAGAAGCGAGCACACCGGCAGAAGCCGCGGAAGCGUCAACGCCUUCCGAAAAACCAACCGAAGAAACCACAACUGCAGGCGUAGGAGUCACCACAGGUGCUUCAACGCCUUCCGAGAAAGUCACCGAAGAAACGACGACUGCUGGCGUAGAAGUCAGCACGGGUGCCUCAACGCCUUCCGAGAAAGUUACGGAAGAAACAACGACUACCGGAGCAGAAGCCACCACAGGUGCUUCAACGCCUUCCGAAAAAGUUACCGAAGAAACAACGACUGCCGGAGCAGAAGCCACAAGUGCUUCCACGCCUUCCGAGGAAGUCACUGAAGAAACAACGACGGCGGAAGCAGAAGCCACCACUGGUGCUUCAACGCCUUCCGAGAAAGUCACCGAGGAAAGCACUACUGCUGGAGCGGAGGUUACCACAGGUGCGUCGACACCUUCCGAGAAAGUACCCGAAGAAACAACGACUUCUGCAGUAGAGGUCACCACAGGCCCUGUCAGCUCCAGAGAGGCCGUGACAACACCGGCUCUUACGGAGGGUGCUACAGAAGAAACGACUGUGAGGCACACGGAGGUGUCUACGACGACUGAAGCGCCGAGCACACCUGUGAAACCGGAAUCUACCGUCUCAACUUCUGAAGCGGCCUCAGAGGGAACUACUCUAGGAGCAGAAGCCAGCACAGGGCCAUCAGUAUACACCGGAUUGACCACAGAGAUGCUGACGGAGGUGACGACGACUAAGGUUCCCGAAGCGGAAACCACAGUCGCUGAGCUCGGAAGAGAAGAUAGGCCAAAAACAACUCCAGCAUACGAAACGAGCACAUCCACUGCGGUUUCGACGCCUGAAACCACCGAAGCGGAGACACGUGUAACGCCAGAAGCCACGACACCUCAGGAAGUCAGAGAGGGCACCACGAGUGAGGGAACCACAGCUGAGCCAGUCACUUCUGGAGCUCCAGAAAUAUCGGCUACUACGGAGCAAGUGACGGAAGAAGAAACGAAGCCCUCUACUGCACCCACGACGCCAUCGGCAACUAGCACCGAAGCUACGGCCACUCCGUCUUCAACAUCUUCAACACCUGAAAGUACGUCUGCAGCGACAGAACCUGCGACAACCGCGUCCGUGACGCCGUACGCAGAGGUUACGAACACCGUCCUCAACUACCGGGCUCCUGAGGCUGGCCGAGACGAAGAGGCGCCAUCGACAACACCACUACCUCCUGGGUACACGCCCACACAUCCACCAGAAGAAUCCACAACGGCGACGGCAGGUGUGACGACCGAGCCAGGCUCUACCACAACGUCGGCAGCUACAGAGGUUGCUUCGACGCCCGAGGUGUCUUCCGCCGUGCCAGAAGUCACGACGGGUGCGGUCACCACUACAGAAGCGCCAGCGACAACGCCGCCCGUGACACCCAGCGAGAUCCUUACAACUCCAGGCUCAGAAGCGCCUGAGCUGGAACCAACGACAGGAAAACCGGAAAAGGAAGAGGGUGAAGAGCCAUCGUCAGUAACGCCACCACCAGAAACGUCGAGCACGACAGAGGGAACCACACCAGUCUCAACCAAGGAGACACCGUCAACAGAGCGACCGACGACGGUUGCUGAGACGACUCCCUCUGAGGUCUCGACGACGAGGCCAGAAACGACGACCGAGGGCAAGACGCCUCCUACGUAUGUAGAGCCAACUAGCAAGCAGCCAUCGCCGAAGACGUCCGAAGUACCGGGAGAAGUCGAACAGGCUACAACGACGCCUGUAGAACUUGUAACUACUACAGAGGCUGCGACGACGGCAGCGGCCACAACCACACAGAAGCCCCAGCCGACAGUCGUAACCGAAGCUCCCGUCACUGGCUCUACCGGCUUUGAAACUCUAGAUCACAGGAAAGCACCAACAACAACGGAAGCGCCUGCUCCGGAGACGACGCCAGAAGCACCCACGACAACAGAACAGCCGGCUAUUACGCCAAGCACAGGUUUGCCCACAAGCACAGAGGUACCUGUAUCAGUAACAACUCCAGCAGAGCCAGCGGUAUCGACAACGAAGGAAGACACCGUUGGUCGGGAAGAAGAGCCUUCCUCUGAGGAAGAACCAGAAGGGGAACCUGACUGUAGUUACCAAGGCCAGACCUUCAAGUUCGGUGACGAAGUUCCACCGCCCGAUGCCUGCAAAUAUUGCCGCUGCUUCGACGGCGAAGUCAUCUGUGCCGAGAAGGUUUGCCUCCCACCGGCACCAAACUGCAUUCCAGGCCCAAUACCCCAAGGAGAAUGUUGCCCUGAAAUGUACAACUGCGGAGGAGAUGCCAGGUACGACGCAGCUUCCUACCAUCGAGCCUACCAGCAAGAAGACACCACCUCCAACAGUAGAGACCCGGCAACGACACCAGAAGUCAGUGCACCGUCUACCGAAGGCACCGCGUCACCUGCUUCUACCGAGCUCAGCACAGAACCUAGUGCCACGCAGCCUCCAUCCACAACGUCAGCUGGGGAGUCUACCACGGCAGAGAGCACAACCGAACCAGAAGCAGAAGGCAGGAAGAAGCUGCCUCCGUCUGAAAAGCCAGAGGAAUCGACGACAGGUACAGAGGGCACCUCGGCCGCGACAACACCGUCAGAGACUGAGGCCACUGAAGGUUCCACGGCUCCUUCUCUCUCAACACAACCACCGGAAGCGACAUCUGCGGAAACAGGUGCUACGAGUGAACCGUCCGUCACGACACCAGAAACAACGCCGAGUGGUGAAACGACUGGUCCUAGUGAGGCCUCGACGCCCGAAUUGACUACUCCAUCUGAAGAAACAAGUCCUACCGGAACUGCCAGUGAACCAACCACUCCUGGCGUGACGACGCCUGUUGUCACAACCGAGCCAGCGUCAACAGAGGCUCCUUCAUCCGAAACAAGCCCAAGUGCGACAACUGCUGCCGGCAGCACACCUGCUGAAACGCCAGAGACAUCUACUUCAGAGGUAACCACACCGAGUGCAGCAACUAGUUCCGAAACGACGACGUCAGCUGAAACUGGCUCAACGGGCACUGCAGCGGAAGGAAGCACUGCUGAAACCACACCUAGCGGCUCCACCCUCGAGGCUAGCACGCCUAGCGCGACUACUCCGUCUAUGACGUCUCCUGAGGCCAGUACGCCUGAGGCCAGUACGCCUGAAGCCAGCACACCUGAAGCUAGCACUCCCGAAGUCACCACUCCUGAAUCCAGCUCGCCCGCAGCCAGCACGCCUGAGGCUAGUACCCCUGAGGCUAGUACAGCAACACCAAGCACUCCAGAAUCUAGUACUCCUGAAUCCAGCACGCCUGAAGCAAGCACACCGGAGUCUAGUUCUCCAGAGGCAACAACACCUGUGGUGUCCACUCCUGAGCCUAGUACUGAAGUUACUACUUCAGAAGCUAGUACUCCUGCUGCUGAGUCCAGAGCAACUGAAGUCAGCACUGCUGAAGCCACAACUCCCGCACCGACAUCUCCUGAGGGCAGUACACCCGAAGCUAGCACGCCUGAAGUCACAACGCCGGCUGCAACUUCAGAGGCAAGUACCGAAGCUGCAACAUCUUCGGAAGGCACUACACCAGAAGUCACCACACCUAGCGCCACCACCCCGGCAUUGACCGAAGGUACCACGCCAGAGGCCAGUACAUCUGGCGCAACUACUCCUGGCGCAACUUCGCCAGAGGGCACUACACCAGAAGCAAGUACCCCCGAGCAAUCAACACCUGCUUCCACGGAAGGCACUACGCCAGAAGUAACCACACCAAGUGCAACAUCACCGGAGGCAACUACCCCGGAGUCUAGCGUUCCGACUACACCUCAGGAAGCCAGUACACCCGAAACAAGCACGGCAGGUGAAACAUCUUCGGAAGGCUCUACAGCGGAAAUGACAACGCCAGGAGCUAGCACACCUGUCGAAACUUCAACGGAAGGAGCUACAUCUGAAGCUACAUCUCCCGAAGCUACAACUCCGGAGGUGACACCUACGGAAGGCACAACACCAGAAGGCAGCACAGCAGCGACCACUUCACCACCUAGUACCACGUCGGAGGCAACAAGUCCUGGAGAGACAACACCCGUAGCAACGUCUAGCGAGGGCACCACACCAGAAGCUAGUACUCCUGGUGUAACCACUGCGGCUCCGACCAGCCCCGAGGUUACAACUCCAGAGGCCAGCACUCCUACAGGAGCGGCUACCCUGGCGGCAACGUCUCCAGAAGUUACCACACCUGAGAGUAGCACGCCAGCAGGUAGCACGCCCGCUGAAACCACACCCGGUUUAUCGACACACGAGGCCACCACCCCAGAGACAAGUACACCGGAGGAAACUAGCGCUACGACACCUGAGGCAAGCACACCUUCAGCCACUGCUUCUGAAGGCCCUACGUCUACUGCAACAGAAUCAACAGCACCCACAACCGAACAGCCUAGUUCUGUGCCUUCUACACCUGAGGUGUCUACCGCUGAAGCAUCGACGCCGGAAGUGGGAUCCACUGGUCCAACUAGCACUGAAGCCGCAACAUCCGAGUCACCAGCUGCUACAACUCCCGAGGCUCCAACGAGUGCCGUCACAACUCCCUCCGCUCCGACAACUGAAGCUGCCACAGAGGCAUCUAGCCCCGCAGAGAGCACGCCAACUGGAACCGUAGCUCCCACUACAAUAGAAGCGAGAACAUCUGGGCUGGCGGAAACAACGCCGGAAAGCACAACGCCAGCUACACCUGAAGCUACAACUCCGGCUGAGACGUCAGCGACGUCAGAAUCUGCGGCCACUGAACCUGCCGCUACCACAGAAGCUUCACCAAGUUCAUCUGAAGCUACAACACCGGCCUCAACCGCGGCUACGGAAGCGACCACGCCAUCUGCUACGGAAGAGACGAAGGAAUCAACAACACCAUCUGCGUCCACUACACCGGCGGAGACGUCAGAGACAGAGGGUGCUAGUACGCCAUCUAGUGUGGCAACCGAGGCAAGUACGCCUGAAACAACGAAGGAGACUACGGAGGUAUCGACACCUGUUUCCACCGAGGCAACGACACCAGGAACGACCGAAGAAACAGCUUCCACUCCCACGGCGGCUGUCUCUGAAGCAUCCACUCCGGCAACCACAGAAGGCACGGAAGAGCCGAAGACGCCUUCUACAGCGGGCACAGAAGGAACCAGUCCGACUGAGAUGCGAGAUGCCGCCACUACGGAGGGUGCAACAACGCCUUCGGAGGCGACGACAAAGGCUGAAACUGAGGCCACAACCGCAAGUGAGGCUGUAUCUACAGAAACCUCCACUACACCGGGCACACCUGCUUCGGCGACGACGGGUGCCACGGAAGAGACCAAGGAAGCCACCACCGCCCCGUCCAGCGAGGCUACUGAGGCAAGCACAUCGCCCGCAUCCUCGGAAGCUACCACAGAAGGCAGCACUACCGCGGCGACAACGGGUGCGUCCGAGUCAACCACGGCAGCGGUAGAGACGUCAGCCAUGGAGGCUUCCACGCCAGCAUCGACAGCACCGAGCAGCGAAGCGACCACUGCAGAAGCAAAAACGGAGUCGACUCCUGGAAUGUCAACUACGCCAAAGCCCAGUGAGGUUACUACACCAUCGGCGGCGACAACCGAAGAAUCAGAGGAGGUGUUCCCGACAGAAUGCGACGUCAACGGCGUAUUAUACAAGGAGGGUGACCAGGUGCCGGACGGCAACCCUUGCCACUUCUGCAACUGUCUCGAAGGAGAGGUCAUCUGUGCCGAGAGGAUCUGCAGGCCACCCGGCCCAGAGUGCAAGCCUCUGCCAAAGUCUCCCGAUCAGUGCUGUCCAGAUUACGAUUGUGAAGGCGUCACGACUCCAGCAGCAGUGUCCACCGUGGAGGGACGAAAGAAGCCUCCAGAGGCGACUCCGCCCAUGGCCGAAACUACUCCGGCAGUGACAGUGCCUACAACGCCAAAGCUACAAGAGGACGUGGAUGAUCAGCCGAAGCCAUGCAAUGUCCAAGGAACAACAGUGGAACACGGUCAGGUGAUCCAGACGGCCAACCCAUGCACGUUCUGCAAGUGCACGUUCGGCGAGAUGGUCUGCGCCGAGCGCGUUUGCGAGGAGCCUCCGCGUCCGGGCUGCAAGCCGACCGGCGUCAAACCAGAGCAGUGCUGUGCCGAGGCGUACAUAUGCCCGUCCGAAGAGGAAGAAGGUCGCGAAGAAAUGGUGACGCAGAGACCAUCGGUGUUCAAGUUUACCACAAUCAGCCCAACGACCGCCGAUCUGAGCAAGAUCUUCGGCCCCAACGCCACAACGACGCCAGUGCCAUCGACGACAGUGACACCGUUCGUCAUCGAAGUCAUGACGGAGCCCCCUGCUUCGCAGCCACCCGUCCACGACCUCUCAACGGGCGAACCGGAAGCUACAACGACGGCGAAGACGGAGACCGGAGUGACCGAGGCAACGGCGACAACCGGCGAAGAGAAGACGACACCGGCCACAACGGCUGCUCCCGAAUCAACUAGUCAACCGUCCGAAGCCACUAGUCCCACUACCGAGACCCCACCAGAGGGCGCGAAUGCUACUACUGCCACUUACCCCACGAAGCCGCUCGUACACUACACGACGACCACAGAGGUGUCGACGGCGGUGACGUCAGCGGAACCAGAAGAGCCUCGCGAGGAAGAGGCAACGACGCCUGCCGCCACAACAGUGGAACCGGUAGAAGGCAAGAAGGCGACGCCAUCUCCGGAGACCACGGAGUCACCGUCGCUCUUCACAACUAUCAUGGAGUUCUUCACCGGAAGUACGACGGAGUCACCGGAAGUGAACGCGACGACGCCAUCAGUGCCACCUACCACUGUCACGACGCCGAAGCCCGUGGCCGAGACGGAGAAGCCGGCAGAGACUGCUGCGACCGCGGGCGCCCCCGCUACGGAGCCAACGAAACCGGUACCCGAGAGUACGGCCACUCCAGAAGUGACGACGCCACCGCCGGCUGUUACGGCUACAGGAGAACCGGAACUACCUCGGGAGGAAGGCACGACUCCCACACCAAGCACAGAAGAACCGGAAUCCACGACAACGGAAGGUGCUAUCAUAAUCGAGGAAGGAUCUUGCAUCUUCGACGCCAAGGUGUAUCAAUCGGCAGAGCAGAUCCCACGGCCGGACCCGUGCGACUUCUGCUUCUGCUUCCGCGGUGACAUCAUCUGUCUACAGCAGACGUGCCCACCGCCGAUCCCUCAGUGUUACGAGACGCCCAUCAGCGGUUUCUGCUGUCCGCGAUACGAAUGCCCUGUUCACAUGACGGUCAAGAAUGUGAGCGUAACAACGACAACUACGACAACGACUACAACAACGCCAGCUCCGAGGUUUGGGCAGCAAAAGCUCGAGGCAUCCAUGGAAGUCAAAGGCUGCGACGUCAACGGUAGCUUCUAUCAGGUGGGCCAGGUGGUGAAGAAGGCGAGCGGGCCGUGCUUGGAAUGCAUCUGUGACGCCAGCGGCAUGAUCAAGUGCAACCCCAAGGAGUGCCAGCCGCAGGCGCCGCUCUUGCUCAGGAUGAACCGGUCCUACUUCAGGACGCGGUAGGCGGCGUCACGUCCGCCCUAGCUUCCCACUCCCGCCGCCAGGGAGAGAGAGACGCCUUCCUAGUUCCGACCCUUUUCGUCUAUUAUUAUUAUUAUUAAUAUUAUUAUUAUUAGUAUCAUCAUGGCCGUCAAUUUUCUUCACACGCCGGUAGGCCGGUGACCAGCGAGAAGGCAGUGUUUCCAGAGCUCUUUGGCCACAAAAAAACACGGUGGCGAAGCUUGUUGAGCUCAGUACACUGGUGAACAAAUAGCGUUGAAACAAGUCGCCUAGUGAUCUUACAAUGGUAUUAUAGCGCAGUUGUAGGUAAUGAGAAGUAAAAUAUUGAGGAUACGUCCUUGCUGACGUCAUAGACCCGUGAACAAGCACACACUGUUCGCAUAAGAGAACUGAGAAUCAUUGGUUUAGAGUUCUUUAUAAAUGAACUGCGAGAUGUCAACUGGGAUGGCUGCAAAACUGCAAUGGCAGCCGGUUUUUAGCUAGCUGUCACAGGAAACAGCGCCUCUUUCGGCUGCAGGCCAAGUGCUCAACCUCUCGCUCGAGGCUUGACGUCCAGAGGAUUCAAUGUGGGUCACGUGUUAGGAACGAAACAGCUUAUAGGCGAGCACCGAUGAACGGAUGUACGCGCAGCCCGAGAGGCACGCGUAUCUUGCUGCAGUGCGAGGAUUUCAUGAGCAGUUAGCAUCAUGAUCAAGACGCCAGAGUCGCGCGCGUGGUCACUUUUAAGCAAAGAAUGUAUUACCUUUAGGGUACAGUCUAGAUGUGGGCCACAUUCUCAACGUAACCCUAACAGGGCGGCUUAUACCGCGCGCGUUAAAGAACUCUGGAGACACGGCGCGCUUCUCUGGUCGCGUUCAGGACUACCGGCACAGUAGUAUGAGGCCAAAAGAAGUAAGACUGGCUCGGGUCAGGAACCUCCUCGACGAUUGCGAGUGAAAGUGAAACCCCGGCAGCCGGUGUCUCCACCGCCGACGAUGUCGUUUCAUCCACGCACGCAUCUGGGGCGUCGUUGCGGAAGGACCAAACAAAAAACAAAAAAAAAACAAAAAGGAGCGUGAGGAAGAAGAAUCGUGUGGGUACUAUACUCCACACCGCCAUCUCUCCUCCUCCUCCUGUCCCUCCCGCAUCCCUCGCCACACCCACUCGCAACGAGAGUGCUCCAAAAAAGCCGCCGUGUCGUGUAUACGCUGCACUGACUCACUUGUGAAACUGACGGUGCGCGGCGUUCUUUACCUGUUGACACGGCUCUCACUAUCCUCUACGAGUCACCGUGCCGAUGACCGAGCCGCUCUAGCAGCCGGCUGCCUUGCCGAGACUGUGUUGAGCGCGUCGGUGUCGUGUGUGUGUGAGCGCGCGUGCGCGUGACGUCGGAAAGAAGCGUGCGUCAAGGAGGACGACACGGGCGACGGCAACGGCCAGAGAGAGAUGCGUGGACCUUUUCUUUUGUGCUCUUUUUUUUUCCUGGAAAGCGCAAGGUUGUGUUGUUUGCGUGAGUGCGUAUUCGUGUAUUCGUGUUUGUGUAUGUCGUAUGUAUACCAGCGUAUGUGCCUACGCGUGGUUGCCUCUCCCGCGCUUCCUUCUUUCUCUUGUCAUUUCUUCUUUCCUGUAUCGUCAUUUCUAUACUCUACAUUUUCAGGCUUAACCACAUUGUCGCACGUCCCUCAACGCGUUAGAAAAAGAGAGGAAACGCUUGCCUUAAGACUGCGUGAGUUGUGACAGAGAGCUCGACACGGGUUUCGUGCGCGACCGUCUCGUGUCCUUAUUCGCUGGCUAGUUUGAUCGUUGUUUCGUUUUGUUCGUUUUCUUCUUUUCUUUAGGUGCUCACGUCUUUACGGUGUCUUUUGCGACGCGCGUCGGCACGAGUGCUUGCGUCUCAGUCAUGUUACGAAGUGAAACCGUUUAUGCCCCGAUGGUAUACACUGCGAGCGCACGUCUUGUCCGUCGCGUCCGGCCCUCUGAGAUGUGGCAGCUAAAGAGGUUUACGGUUCGGUUGCUCCUUGUACCCCACACUAACGCAAUAGACAUGAAGACGCUAGCCAUCCACCAUAACCUCAAGUGUGCACAGUUUCUUUUUUUCAUGUGGCUCGCGUCGAAGCUCAACCGUAUAGCAAGCCGUAUAGUGUGGUCGAUGUGACACCGUAUUUCGUGCGUCGGUGUAUAGGGAGCUGUUUUUUUUUGUUUUAUUUCAUUUUUUAUUCUAUCGUGCUCUCGUACUGCGUGCACGAAGCGCGAUCCUGGAAACGGCGGUGUAUUCAUACAUUCCAAGAAAUCGCCCGUCAUUACGCGAGUUUACUAUGCAAACCAAGACACGCUAGCCCGCGAAAACGGCGCGCAGUGAUAUUAUGCCAACAGGCGCCCGCAUUUUUCUAAUAGACAUUCCGUUCUAGAAAAAAGAGGCGUGUCUCGUUUGCUCCGUCGGACUUACGGGAAUGCGGCCCACCCCCCUCGGCCGCCGACGAAGGAUGGUAAAGGUGGCGGAGUUAGCUAUAACACAAACUCACACAGUGGAAGUAAAAUGUUUUCUUAGUUUCACGCGUCUUAUAUGCACUCGCGAUGUAUGUACACAGUGGACCGUGGUAGAAGGAGUUGAAAGUGAUCAUUUGUAACUGCCAAAAGUUAUUUUUUAACGCAGGAAAAAAAAAAGAAGCUGUCAAACUGCACUACUCACACUUUCCCGAUGGCAUUUGCGGACUGAAGACUCACCGUUAAGGCAAGGUGUUUUGAGGACCAACGAUCAUUCCAUUUUAUUUUUUAUACCACUCGCGGUGCGGAGGUACAUGUGUGCUGAAUUUUGUGCAGUCUUAGCGAGCGGACUCUUGUUGAGUACGUACUUAAUUUUGUCGACGUCUUUCUUGCCUUACUUCUCCUGGAAGAUUUAUACGUCUACUUGUUCUACAAAAUUCUAUGUCUUGUACUUCUAGAGGUACUUAUGAGGUUACGUCUGGAUCUGAUCUUUAUUUAGACAUGAUUCACCUUUCGCUGCUGCUAUGCAACAUUCCUGCAGUUGACGCCAAACGAAGGCAGCUGCUUAAGUUAUGUGAUACCAGGCAAGAAGAUAAGAUUUCGUAUAUUUACUAUUCAGUACUGGCUUGUGAAAUGCCAACACGGAAAGACUACAAAGCGCGUUCUGCAAUACAAAAAAAAAAGGAAACUGAAGCAGACAGUCUACACUUUGGCUGUUUUUGAUAACAUUCCUAUUGUCAUGUGACUGUCACGUGGCUCCGGCGUAAAUGCAUUUAUUUGGCACUCUCCUUGCCAACAGUCCUCAACAAGCGAAACCAAUAAUGUCAAGGGUUGAAAACAACCACACAUUCUUCGGAGGUCAAGUGCCACUUACCAAUGCGUUUUGCGAGCUCUCGCUCUUACUAUUGACAAGUUACAGCCAAGGUGUCGAGCGAGUACAGCAAGGCGAGAGCUACUUACGAAGCCACGACAAAACCGUGAUAUUUAUCUUUCUUCCAACCUUUUUUUUUUUUUCUUGAGGCGCUUGCAACGAAAAGCCGCUUCCGCCUUUCUAUAGAUGGUGCCAAAAUAAAUACCCCGCCAUCACAGCAUUAUUUUUGCUAAGCUAUACGUCUUCAUUUAUACACCGGACAAAGUGUAGAGGUGACGUGAGUAAGAUGAUGCGAUUGGUGGUCUGCGAGAGAGAUAGAGAGAAAGGGAGUGAGGCAGCUUUUUCGAGCGACUGCUCUCGCCUUAUUUUUGUACCCACCAAGGUCGUCGCCCAACCCCACCGCUCAGGUAGCCAAUGAAAAGCCCCACCUGCCGGUCACGUGUUAUGGUCUCACGCCGUACCUUAAGCGCCUCAUAUGAACACGCGUUCAAUAUCGCACUGUCUCACAGUCAUAGAGGUUUCAAACAGGCAGCCGCAGGCCGUCACCCCCCAAUGCUUUUGACCAAGCAUUGACACCAAGCCAACCAGUUGUGAACUUAAUGCCUGUCAUCCCCUCCUCCUCAUUACCCUCAAAGUAAGCAUUCGUACCAGGCCAAGCAGUUACGAACUUAAAUUCGUUCCUCUAUGCACACACUUCGGCAUGCCGCAUGAAAGGUUUCAGGGUUUAAUGAGCCGAACGAAGCAUUGUUUCGGGGAAAGCCAAGUGCCUCUCUGGAAGUGUCUGGUCAGCAACGUGUUGCCCCUUUGUGCGGCACUUCAGAGAACACGUGACUGAUUACCGUUCUCUACGCGAGAUUAGUUGCGUCAGCGUUUAAACAUAUCGUAACAGGGAUGCUAACAAUACGCUUAUAGUCCGUGGUUACCUCUUUUACUGGUUACUGCUUAAUCGAUCGGACCCGCCCUAUCCGUUCCACUGAUACGUUAACUUCCUUAGUGGCGGUACAGGUCGCACGACAAGCCACGAAUGUGUGUACGCGCCCGAUAGCUUCUUCCGCUGACAACUCCUUCCUUUCUAUUUGUUUCCGUAUUCUUUACCCCUACCACUCCCAGAUUGCUUUUCUUCCAGCACAGGGUGGCCAACUGUAAGAAUGGUUCAGCUAACUUCCAUGUCCUUGGCUGUAUUGCAUCUCGGCUCAGCCACAGUGUAGCCAUUCGAUUCAGCAAACACCCAAGCCGCUACGUCACUAACAUUGCAUUGUGCAGCCAUAGCAGCAACCAUUACGCCUUGAGUUUUGCUUCUUCAUACCAGUGGAUGUGUUUCAGUAGGCACGCCUUCGGAAGCGGCGCGCUGUAUCCUCACACAUGCUACUGGCUUAUGCGUGAGCUGAUGUUUGAUAAGCUCGCUAGAGUGCUUUUUUUUUUGUCAUUCUUAACUCACACUUCAUUCGCCGCUGCGCAAGAAGAUGGUUCUUGAGUAUGCUGUGCAUAUUCAGGGCUCGAAACCAGUGCCUCCUUUUCCGCAUGCAUCGCAUUUCGCCACGGGUUGCGUGACGAAAAGCCAGCCUUUUACAUACGCGUUGGAGUGAAUUCCGUGCAGGCACGUAUUAUGUGUUUGUUGUAUUUUUUGUACUUGGGUGGCGCGAAAGGUGGAAGCACCUGAACGCACAAAACGAAAAACACUGUAUCAUAAUGUGUGCAAGCAUAGCUCUUGUCAAUUUUUUUCACAGUGCAUUCAUUUGGUCCUGUUCUUUCGUGGUGGGCUCUGUUUUUUUUUUUCUUUGAGUUCUGUCCUCCUCGAGUGCGCGAUCGAUGUCUCGAGAACGGCUUCUUACGUCUAUUUUUUUUUUUUUCACAUAAGCAAAGGAGGCAGACAAUUAUUUUUUGGUGGAGUUGCGUGUAUCUGUGGUUUUAAAAUAGCUGUCUGUGUUACCUUAUUUGCAUCCUCCUACAUUAUUUCCUCUACUACGUGAACGUCCUCAUUUUGUUACAAUUCAUUUUGAUUUUUUUUUAAGUGAGUGUAUGUGCAUACCUUCAAGGGCACUGCUCCUGCUAAAGGCCACGAAUCUGGUGAUCCCAGAACCAGACGAGUGUCGUCUAUGCUGAAGCUCAACGCACUCUGCGGUGCCGGCACCGUUCAAGAUGAACUGUACUCGCUCCAAGUGUUUUUAUCCCAACUUAACGCAUUUAAACUUCGAAAUCUGGCCUGCUGGUCGAUGCAAACUCAAUAUCGAUAUGUGGUAACUCACUUGCCAGACUUAAAUAACCCAACGCUUUGUAUAUUCUUAAGCAAUGUAUUCCGAAUGAGCCAGUGUAUAUUCUGAAGCACCCAAAUUUGUAAUAAUUACAAGCACAAAUUGGUUGGUUUCUACCUGCAAGAGACGUGCUAUAUGUUUCCGGUCCCCAAUUAGAGCACAAUGUUUCUCAUUUGUCGAUCUUUUCAUCUUAAGUUCCUUGAAUUUAUUUCGCAGAAACAUGCGAGAAGUUGUGUUUUGUGAAAUUCGACCUUCUCCUCGGUGCUUAAGGCUGAAAGGCCUUCUACGGCUGCCGUUAAUUUACGUAUGGGUUUGAGUUUAAAAGCGUGAAGGAACCCUAAUGUUGUAUCACUGCAUCAGUGUUUGUCGAUCGGUGUGCGAGAUGGUGCGUCUCUGCUCAGCAGUUUAGGGGUUCAGGCUGUUGGAAGGUAUGAUCGGUAUUAUUGCUGCCAUGUUCAGGUUUUUUUUGCUAUACAUGAAUUGUGAUUGUGUGUUUGUGUUUACUUCCAUUAAAGAAAAAAAUCUUACCAA